CAAUACUACAUACAUAUAUUAUAGCUACAUACCAAGAAAUAAAUAGAGGAAUAAGCAAGAAAAUGUCUACGUACUGUACUUAAUAAUGAAAAUAUGCCUAAUCAUGCGCAAAUCGUCUAACACAGGAGUUAACCGCUUCUCAAAUUACAAAUUGUAAUAAAAUCAUCGUCAUCAUUCAUCACUAAUAUAACUCGUGAAGCAAACUCUAUUGUAUUAUCCGGUUUCCGCGACGUCUUGUGUGCUCAUAAUACACACCACUCAGCCUUGCUUUGCCUAACAAUCACUAUUAAUGACAUGGGAUCGGCCUACGACUUGCGGGCUGUAGAAAUCCGUGGCUGCGGAACAAGACUGCCGUGCCUGAUCACACUCGGGGAGAUGGUGCCUGUGGUCGCCCGGUUCCAGGCUGGAUUCACAUCAAGAAACCUGAAUCAAGAUGUUGUGAUAAGCAUCAACUAUGUCAAUAUGAGAACACAGGUCACUCCAGAAUCGUGCGUGCAGUGUGCUGUCUCUCCGAACGUGGAUAGCUCCAUGACCAGCCUGAUGAUGGUGCCCACCAUUAUGGCUCUGAACCAACGCGGCUACCUGCAAUGGCGCGUGUUUAACGAGCACAGCCAGCAGGUCCUGUGCUACUCCGUGCUGGUGCAGACCCAGAACCCGCUGCAGAAGCUGCUGCGGCGCUCCCUCAACUACACUGCUAGCUCCAUUGAUGAAAGCACAAAAGUACAGCUCAAUCAUCGCUGAUAAGAGGGAUGAGUUAUAAUUAUAUAAGCACAGGUGCUAAUGAUGGCCCACUUAUGUUUAAUGCCAUAUUAAAAGAAUAUUUGUACCAUUUAUAAAUGUAUUCCUUGCAUAACGCUCUUUAGUAUUGUACUAAUUUUAAAUUAGCGUAUUAGCAGCAUAGACAUCGCGGAAUAUGUGCGCUGUAUACAGUAGGUUUGGUCGGUGAUUUAACUUAUGGUUUAGAUUUAUUUUACUUAUAUAUACCUAUAUCGAAUGUCUAAAAAAUAUCAAGUUAUGUUAUCUAGUAACACUCCUUCUUUGGUGAUAAAACAAUACAUGUUAAUAUGGCCAUUGUACGAGAAACGGGAUCCUAGUACUGAGACUCCUCUGUCACCAGGCUAUAUCUCUUGAAGAGUCAUACCUAAUUAGACAAUUGAAUUUUUCACAAAUGAUGUAAUAAUUUCUAUUGCUGCUAUAAUACUAAGAAACUGAAUAAAAUAUAUUUUUAAUGGGGC